AUGAGUGAGGAUCGUAAGUUGCGAAUCGCGUAUGAAAAGCUGGUUGGAUGCGUCAAAGAAAGUGUAAUACCACCCAUACACGAAAGUUGGCUGCACAAUAUUGUUUCAAAAAUUCCAAAAAAACUGCGCAGUGGAAAAAAGGCUGAACUUAACCAAGUGCUGGUUGAAGUUCAGGCUAAUUUUUUCAAUAGCAUGCAAAGGAGCGUCCUCCAGCAAUCUCUUAAAGUUCCACCUAUUAAAGGAGUAGAGGUAGAGGAUCUAACCAUGCCCAUCUUUGAGCCAACUGGAAUGAAUUUCGCCAAUCCCUGGCACAGGGACUAUAUGACCCAUCGGAUCGAACUGCGCGAACAUUUGAUGCUACUUUAUCCACAAAUGGCGAAAACUCUUGAUAUUUGUGAAAGUGAACUAGGACCCAUUGAUUUCGAUUUUGUCAAGACUAAAAUUCACGCUGACUGUAAGAAAAGUGGCGAAAAUCUAAUGGACAAAUGGUUCCCAAAAAUUUGUUCAAUCUUUGUGGGGAAAAAUCGCGUUCCGGCUCUCAAGCAGGACAAAAUGAAUGCCUUUUUUAACUGCGCUAAUAUACUCCUAUCAAAUAAAAUCAAGCAGUUUCUCUUACGAAACCUUGAAUGUUGGAUUGACCUCUUUGAUGAGGAUCACCGGGAAAGGUUGCCCGUUUUGAAAAUGUAUUUGACAUUCGAAAAUCAAUGCGUCAAAUUCUUUCCCGGCUAUGAAGAUUUGGAGGAGCUCCUUUUAUCAGUAGCUAAAUAUAUUUUGGAAUCUAUGCCACAGAUACCAACGGUACACUCCAUCCUCUAUAGGUCUGAUUCUCCACGCUACAUUGACACUAAUAUCGCUCCUCACAUAGUAGAAGCCCUCCAAGACAGACUGAAGAAUGCCGCGAAGUUCUACUUUGAACCAGCAGUACGCUUCUUCCACCAAAACAUUGUUGAACCCUAUUCCUACAUAUUCGACGGGACUGAAGCCAAGCUGGUGGAAGACUUCCUGAAUAAGGAUCCAGAAUUCAGGGACUACUGCGUUUAUGUCACAAAGCUUCACGAUCUGGCGCAUGAUAUCAACCACCUUCCAGACGUAGAAUACUUCGAUCUAAUUCGUUUGGACUGCGAAGAUGUUAAAACGGGCAUUGCAAAGGAAUGUAUGCGAUUAGCCAACAAUCUCCUGGAGACUCUGGCCAACAAACUUCGCCAAAUUAAUCAAGAGGUAUGCGCAAGCUUUGAGGAGAUGCAAGCCAAGUGUCGAACCAUCCCACAGACAAGUGAAGAAUUGAUUGAACUCAACUCCUACAUGGAGGAAGCACGUUGUCAAGGCAUGGUGCGAAUGGAACAAAAGAUCCAGUGGACUCGAGAAUACCUUAUUUACCUAUUGGAUGCGUAUGAGUUCACACCAGAAGAUAUAAAGAUGAAUAGUCAGGUGCUUACUUGGAAAGCCAGAAUAAAUCCCGAAUUUGAUGCUCAUGAUAAGAUGCAAGAGAACGUACGAACCGUGAAUGAACAACGCAUCAAUGCAAAACGCGAACAAUUGGAGGGCGAUCUGAAACGUCUGCGAAAUCGGGUGGAUGAAUUCAAUGACUAUGGCGAAGUGGACGCGGAAAUGAUGGCACAGUACGCUAACGAUGUGCGUGUCGUCUUCAAACGAGUCAGUGAGGCUGAGAGCUUGCGUGAAUGGAUUAAUAAGGAAGAGAAGCUCUACCAAAUCCCCAUAUCGCCCUUUGCGGACAUUGAAGAGAUCAAGGCACUCGCUGAACCAUUCCAUCGUCUAUUUACCAGUGUCGUCAAGUACUAUAAGUCUGAGAGGAGAUGGAUGUACGGUGAGUUUGACAAAUUGGAUGCAGAAGCCAUUGAGGAUGAGGUGGACGAAACGUGGAGGGAGAUGUUCCGCCUACAAAAGGUGUUCGCCAAUCGGUUGAAGAAGAUGCGAAUGGAGGCGGAUGAGCGGCGAAGGGAGCGCAAUGAGCGUCUUCGACGCCGCAUGCUAGCAGCAAGUAGAGCAGAACCAAUGUCGACCCCUGUAGAUGAGGAGGCUGCAGCCGUAGCGAUGAUAACAGGAGGAGCAGUGGAAGAUGAGGAAAUUGCUGAUGUUAAGGCUCCAGCUGCUCUUCAAACUGUCAACUUUAUGUUGGAACGUCUAAAGAAGUUCAAGGAUAUAGUUCCUGUCAUACGGAUCCUCUGCAAUCCGGGUAUACGCCAGCGCCACUGGGAUGCCAUGUCAGCUAUUGUGAAUCGUGAUCUGACCCCGGACAGCGGUACCUCACUCUCAAAGAUGCUUCAAAUGAACCUGACACCGUAUAUGGAGCAAUUUGAGGCAAUUUCGGUGGGUGCGAGUAAGGAGCAUACGCUGGAGGUUAAUCUAGUAAGGAUGCGUGAAGACUGGAUGGAUGUAUGCUUCACUCUAACCCCCUAUCGUGAUCACGGUUUCUCGAUUCUCGCCUCUGUGGACGAUAUUCAACAGCAGUUGGACGAUCAGAUUGUUAAAACGCAGACGAUGCGUGGCUCGCCUUUCAUCAAACCGUUUGAGAUGCAACUGAAGAAAUGGGAGGAGCAAUUACUUCGCAUUCAGAGCAUAAUCGACAGCUGGCUGGUAAUGCAAGCCAACUGGCUCUACCUGGAGCCCAUAUUCAGUUCCGAAGACAUUAUGCAACAGAUGCCAGAGGAGAGUCGUCUCUUUGUGGCGGUUGACAAAGCCUACCGUGACAUUAUGCGUAACACAGCUGUGGAUACCCACGUGCUCAAGGCCACCUCAAUGGUCGGUCUACUGGAGCGCAUUCGGGAGGGCAACGCCCAGUUCGAUCGUAUUAACAAAGGCCUCAACGCCUACUUGGACAAGAAGCGUCUAUUUUUCCCUCGUUUCUUUUUCCUCUCCAACGAUGAGAUGUUGGAGAUCCUCUCGGAAACCAAGGAUCCCCAGCGUGUCCAGCCACACCUCAAGAAAUGCUUUGAAGGCAUCGCGAAGUUGGAGUUUGACAAGAACCUCGAAAUUAAGGCCAUGUUUUCUGGUGAAGGUGAGAAGGUGGUCUUUAGUCAGAACAUUGACACAGCGGUUUGCAGAGGAGCGGUGGAGAAAUGGCUUCUACAGGUUCAGGAUGUCAUGGUGCUGUCGGUGCACGAUGUCAUUGCCAGCGCAAGAGACGCGUAUGACAGCGAACUUCGCGAUGUGUGGGUGCUAGACUGGCCAGGUCAGGUGGUGCUUUGCGUGUCGCAGAUAUUUUGGACUCUGGAGGUCUCCGAAGCUAUCGCAUAUGGGCAGGCUGAGGGACUGGCGAGCUACAAGAAGAAGCUGGACUCGCAGAUCGCGGCGAUUGUGCGUCUGGUGAGGGGCAAACUCUCCACUCAGGAGCGCAUCACUCUUGGCGCCCUAGUGGUCAUCGACGUCCACGCCAGAGACACAGUGCAGACGAUGGCGCAGAACAAGGUGACCGAUGAUAAUGACUUUCAAUGGCUCUCGCAGCUCAGGUACUACUGGGAGGAGGACAAUUGUCUGGUUCGUCUUACUAACGCUGUGGUCCCCUACGCCUACGAGUACCUGGGUAACUCCACCCGUCUGGUAAUCACUCCCCUAACCGAUCGCUGCUAUCGCACUCUCAUUGGGGCCUACCAUCUCCACCUAAAUGGAGCCCCCGAGGGUCCAGCUGGGACCGGUAAGACAGAGACCACCAAGGACUUGGCUAAAGCGAUUGCUGUCCAGUGUGUCGUCUUCAACUGUUCUGAUGGGUUAGAUUACAUCGCUAUGGGCAAGUUUUUUAAGGGACUCGCUUCAUCUGGUGCCUGGGCGUGUUUUGACGAGUUUAACCGAAUCGAGCUGGAGGUGCUCUCGGUUAUUGCUCAACAGAUUCUGUGCAUUAUCCGAGCGAUUCAAGCCAAUCUCGAAGUGUUUGAAUUCGAAGGGACAGUACUCAAUCUUAAUCCGAACUGCUACGUCUGUAUCACCAUGAAUCCAGGUUAUGCUGGCCGUUCCGAGUUGCCAGACAACUUGAAGAUCCUCUUCAGACCAGUUGCGAUGAUGGUACCGGACUACGCGAUGAUAGGCGAGAUCUCCCUUUACUCCUACGGUUUCAUGGACGCACGCAACUUGGCAGGCAAGAUAGUCACUACGUACCGGCUAUGCUCAGAGCAGCUCUCCUCUCAAUCGCACUAUGACUAUGGUAUGCGUGCCGUCAAGGCGGUGUUGCAUGCAGCGGGCAACUUGAAACUCCGGCAUCCAGAGGAGAAUGAAAUGAUUUUGCUUCUGCGUUCAAUCAUGGAUGUGAACGUGCCCAAAUUCCUUUCUCACGACAUUCCACUCUUCCGCGGCAUCAUCUCCGAUCUCUUCCCCGGCGCCAUUCUACCCGAUGCGGACUACUCAGAUUUCCUUGAAGAAGCGGCUAUAGUGUGUCAACGCAAUGGCCUCCAAGCUGUGCCAACUUUCACGGAGAAACUUAUUCAAACCUACGAAAUGAUGAUAGUUAGGCAUGGAUUCAUGCUGGUUGGUAUGCCCUUGGGUGGUAAAACGAAAAUUCUCCACACUCUGGCCGAGGUGAUGACCGGUCUCUUUGAGAAGGGCGACACUGACUACGCCAAGGUCUUCUAUCGUACCAUCAAUCCCAAAUCCAUCACCAUGGGACAGCUUUUCGGCGAAUUUGAUCCCGUUUCUCACGAGUGGACAGACGGUGUUACGGCGAACACCUUCCGUGAGUACGCCAACAUGGAACCACCCGAUCGAACUUGGGUGAUUUUCGAUGGGCCUAUUGACACUUUGUGGAUUGAAAGCAUGAACACUGUGCUGGAUGAUAACAAGAAGUUAUGUCUCAUGUCGGGAGAGAUUAUUCAGAUGUCGAAGACUAUGAACCUCAUCUUCGAAACUAUGGAUCUUCUACAGGCAUCGCCGGCAACUGUAUCUCGCUGCGGUAUGAUCUACGUGGAACCUAUGGCACUGGGAUGGCGGCCUCUAGCAACCUCUUGGUUAGACAGCCUCCCCGAAUCCGUUACUCUUGGCGAUGGCAAGAAAGUGUUGCAAGACCUAUUUGACUGGCUUUUCGAUCCUUGCUUAGAAUUUGUUCAAGCCAACUGUCGCCAGCUGAUCCCUAUCAGCGCCAUGUGCAGUGUCAAGUCUACUCUGGACUUCCUCAGCGCUCUCAUCACUGAACACGCCAACGCAGAAGGUGCGGCUGACAAUCGAUACCUUAGGCAAUGGGUACAUGCUUCUUUACUCUUCAGUGUUGUCUGGGGCAUUGGUGGAUGUCUGGAGGAGAACAGUAGAAUCAAGUUUGACGAUUUUAUUAAACCCAUUCUUGGUGGAAAAGUGACAGAGUUACCCGUACCCCAGAGCAUAGGUGGCCGUUGUGAUUUUCAAAUGCCUGAUACUGGGUUGGUCUACGAUUACUUCUACGAGUUCAAAAGUCGAGGGAAGUGGAAACACUGGAACGAAUUAUCACGAGGUCAGAGCAAGUUCGAGGGCAUGGAGAUAAGGGACAUCAUCGUUCCUACCAUGGACACAGCACGCUACAAGUACCUCAUUGAUAUCUGUUUGACGAGCAGACAGCCAUUGAGUUACAUCGGUGUGACGGGUACCGGCAAAUCGGCCUAUGUUCGGGAGAAACUAAUGCGCGACAUUGAUAAUGAAACCUACCGACCGUUCUUUAUCAACUUCUCGGCUCAAACUAGUGCUAAUCAAGUUCAGGAUAUUAUUAUGUCGAAGUUGGAUCGUCGCAGAAAGGGUGUGUACGGCUUGCCAUUCGACAAAAUUGCAACAUUUUUUAUUGACGACCUAAAUAUGCCUGCAAAAGAGGUUUAUGGUGCUCAGCCGCCAAUUGAAUUAUUGAGAACCUUCAUGGAUCAUGGAUUUGUCUAUGAUCUGGAUGACAUGUCAAAGAUCCAGCUAAUAAACCUCUACAUCUGCUCGGCAAUGGGCCCGCCCGGUGGCGGUCGUAACGACGUGACGCCGCGAUUCAUGCGCCACUUCCAUGCCGUCUCUAUGGUGCCCUUCAACGAUGUAACUCUCACUCGCAUCUUCACUACACUCAUGCAAACUUACUUGCGGGCGCAUGAGUUCACUUCUGACUACUAUAUUCUGGGUAACACAAUGGUUGACGCAACACUGAACGUCUACAAGGCCGCCAUUUCGAAUCUAUUGCCUACACCAGCUAAGUCGCACUACGUCUUCAAUCUGCGUGACUUCAGUCGUGUCAUCCUUGGUAUUUGCCUUAUCAAAAAGGGACGUGUGAAAGAUAAGCAGACCUUUAUUCGUCUAUGGGUCCAUGAGGUGCUUCGUGUCUUCUACGAUCGUCUCACUGACGAGAAAGACCGUCAGUGGCUUGUUGACUUUAUCAAGAACACAAUUGACACGUCUUUCAAGGACAAAGUGAACAUGGUGUUCUCCCACCUUCUUGCUAAUGUCAAGGACGAGGUCACCGAAGAGACCUUCCGAAGUCUAAUAUUUGGUGAUUUUAUGGAUAUUGAAACACUACCCGAAGAGAGGAGUUAUGAGGAGGUCAUGGAUAUUAACACGAUGUAUCCUAUUGUGGAACAAUGCCUUGCAGACUACAAUGCCACCCACAAGACGAAAAUGAAUCUCGUUAUUUUUAGAUACGUAUUAGAGCAUCUGGCGCGGAUAUGUCGUGUUCUACGAGUGCCUUCUGGAAACGCGCUACUAAUUGGAGUAGGUGGUUCUGGCAGGCAGUCAUUGUCGCGUUUGGCGUCCGCCAUGGCAGGCUACGUCACGUUCCAACCUGAGGUCACAAAGGAUUAUGGACUUCAAGAGUGGCGUGAAGAUGUCAAGUCCUGUCUUAAAAAUUCCGGUGGGCGUGGGAUGAAAACAGUCUUCCUGAUGACUGACAUGCAGAUCAAGAAUGAGACCUUUCUGGAAGACGUCGACAACCUCCUCAACUCGGGUGAGGUGCCUAAUAUCUUCACCUCGGAGGAACGUGCUGAAGUCACCGAACUCGUACAAACUGCUAUAGAGGUGGAGAGUCGCAAAAAUGCCACCACUCCUGGUGGAGGUGGCUCCAGAGUCAUCCAGGACAUGUCUCCACUGGGGCUCUUCAAUAGCUUUGUCAAUCGCUGUCGAGCCAACCUCCACGUUAUUAUUGCCUUUUCACCCAUUGGAGACGCUUUUCGAAAUCGGCUUCGUCAGUUUCCAUCCCUCAUCAACUGUUGUACCAUCGACUGGUUCACGCCAUGGCCAGAAGACGCGCUGGAAAGAGUGGCCCGACGCUCACUAGAAUCGCUAGGAAUGGAGGCUAAGUUGAGAGACAGCAUUACGCUGAUCUUCAAACACUUUCACACGUCCAUAGCAAAUCUGUCGGAGAAGUUCUACACGGAACUCGGAAGGAAGACUUAUGUCACACCAACAUCCUAUCUGGAACAGAUUGCCUCGUUCGAGCGACUCAUUACGAAAAAGAAGAAUGAGAUUAUGACGGCAAAAACGAGGUAUCUCAACGGUCUAGACAAACUGGCCUUCGGCGCAAGUCAGGUGGCGGACAUGCAGGUGAAACUGGAGGAGCUACAGCCACAACUGGUACAGGCGGGUGAAGCCAACGAACGUCUCCUAGUGGUGAUUGCGCGUGAGUCGGCAGCAGCAGAACAGCAACGGGAGAGGGUGGUGCAGGAAGAGAAGGUAGUAAAUUCUAAGGCGGACGCCUCAAAGGCACUGUCAGAGGAGUGUCGGGCCGAUCUGGCGGAGGCUCAGCCCGCCAUGGAGGCAGCUCUGGCGGCCCUGGACACUCUUAAACCCGCCGACAUCACUAUUGUCAAGUCGAUGGCAAAUCCGCCUUUUGGAGUGAAGUUGGUCAUGGAGGCGGUGUGUGUGAUGAGAGAUAUCAAACCAGAUCGUAUUAAUGAUCCCAGCACGGGGAGGAAGAUUUUGGAUUAUUGGGGACCCUCAAAGAGGCUUUUAGGUGAUAUGAACUUUUUACAGACUUUGAAGGAAUAUGAUAAGGAUAACAUUCCUGCUCAGAUUAUCACAAAUAUCAGGAGCAAUUAUAUAACCAACCCUGAGUUUGACCCCGCAAAAGUUGCCCGUGCAAGUUCAGCAGCCGAGGGUCUGUGCAAGUGGAUCCUCGCUAUGGAACAGUAUGACCGCGUGGCCAAAAUUGUUGCUCCGAAGAAAGUCAAACUAGCUGUAGCUGAGAAGGAAUUGGCAGAGAACAUGGCUGCACUGAAGCAGACUCAAGCCUCUCUAAAAGCCGUCGAAGACAAACUUGCGCAGCUGCAUGAGAAUCUAGAUAAUACGCAAGCAGAGAAAAGGCGACUAGAAGACGAGGUGGAACUCUGCGGUUUGAAGUUGGUGAGAGCCAAAAAGCUGAUUGGUGGAUUGGGUGGGGAGAAGGAGCGCUGGUCACAGGCGGCAGAGCGGUUGCAGCACGUCUACGACAACCUCACCGGAGACGUUUUGGUUUCGGCGGGCGUGAUUGCCUACCUCGGUCCAUUCACUUCAACUUAUCGUGAUGCCUGCAUUGAGGACUGGGUGGGUGUGUGCAACAGCCAGCCGAAAAUUACUUGCAGUCAACACUUCUCGCUCACUAACUGUCUGGGCGAUCCGGUCAAAAUACAGGCAUGGAAUAUCUUCGGACUCCCUCGAGAUGCGUUUUCUAUUGACAAUAGUGUCAUUGUAGAUAAUGGACGUCGAUGGCCCCUGAUGAUUGAUCCCGAAGGUCAGGCGAAUAAGUGGAUAAAGAAUAUGGAGAAGGAGAACGCGAUAGCCGUAGUCAAGUUGAAUGACAGUGAUUUUAUGCGACGAAUGGAGAACAGUAUACAAUUCGGAGUACCCGUCCUUCUGGAGAACGUCGGUGAAGAAUUGGAUCCUAGUUUGGAGUCCCUAUUGUUGAAGCAGACGUUCAAGCAGGGCGCUAUUGAUAUGAUUAAGUUGGGCGAAAAUAUAAUUGAAUACUCCUCGGACUUUCGCUUCUACAUUACAACAAAACUUCGCAAUCCGCAUUACCUCCCCGAAGUGGCAGUAAAGGUCUCGCUGUUGAACUUUAUGAUCACGCCGGAGGGCCUGGAAGACCAACUUCUCGGUAUUGUGGUUGCAAAAGAGAAACCGGAACUGGAGGAGGCAAGACAGGAGUUGAUUGUCACAACUGCCAACAAUAAGCGAAUGCUUAAGGAAGCUGAGGAUCGUAUUUUAGCUACUCUGGCUGAGGCAGAGGGCAAUAUCCUGGAAAAUGAGACGGCUAUCCAAACUCUCGACUCCUCAAAGGCUAUUUCUGAUGAAAUUAUGCAGAAACAGGCGGUAGCGGACGAGACGCAUAAAAAGAUUGACCUUGCUCGAAUGGACUACGCACCAAUAGCGAGGCAUUCAGCGAUUCUAUUCUCCUCCAUCACUGAUCUCCCCAACAUUGAUCCCAUGUAUCAGUACUCACUCAGUUGGUUUGUCAACUUGUACGUCAAUGCCAUUCAAGAUAGCAACAAGUCGAAGAUCCUGGAACGCCGACUGCGUUAUAUCCAAGAGUACCUUGAUUACAAGCUUUACUCAGAGGUGUGUCGAGGCCUCUUUGAAAAGCACAAACUAGUCUUCUCACUCUCUCUUUGCGCCAGGCUUUGCUUCAACAAGUCAAAGAUAGUGGAGAAGCGUAUCCGCUACCUCAUCGACUAUUUCACCUACAGUCUCUACGUGAGCGUCUGCCGGUCGGUGUUUGAGAAGCACAAACUCCUCUUUUCUCUUCUCCUCUGUUGUAAACUAAUGAUGGCCAAAGAUGAGAUACACCUAAACGAGUUUCUCUUCUUCCUUACUGGCGGUGUGGGUCUAGAAAAUACCGUACCCAACCCGGCUCCCCAGUGGCUCAUCUCAACCAGCUGGGACGAGAUCUGUCGCCUCUCGGACCUGCCGCCUUUUGCGGGCCUUAAGGAACACGUGGCAGGGAAUACUCGUGAAUGGCAGAAGUUCUACGACUCCAAGACACCACAUGAUACACCCCUGCCUGCGCCAUGGAAAACUACUUUGGAUCAAUUUCGCACACUCAUUGUGCUACGAUGCAUUCGGCCGGAUAAGUCUGCAGCUAUUCGUCUCGUUCGUCGAUAUUCUUGCGUCUCCGCAGGCAUUCCGUCCAGACUAAUGAGAAAUUGCUGGCUGAAACUAUUAAUACUGCCAAAAAUGCAUUUUCCUACAUUCCAGGUUGUACCCGCAGUGACCAACUACGUACGUGGGAAACUGGGCAGGAAGUUUGUCGAACCACCUCAAUUCGAUCUAGCCAAGAGUUACGAGGACUCAACAUCCACCGCGCCCCUCAUUUUUGUGCUCUCACCGGGCGCCGAUCCGACUAUGGCAUUGCUCAGGUUUGCGCACGACAAGGGCUUUGGAGGCACACGCUUCCAGUCAAUCAGUCUGGGUCAGGGUCAGGGUCCCAUCGCUGCAAAAAUGAUAGAACGCGCACAAGCGGAGGGUUCAUGGGUGUUGUUACAAAACUGCCAUCUAGCGGUCAGCUGGAUGGCAAAUAUGGAGAAGAUUUGUGAGGGGUUCACUGUGGAUAAUACUGCGCCGACAUUCCGUCUCUGGCUCACUAGCUAUCCCUCUCCCAGUUUCCCAGUCACUGUUUUACAAAACGGUGUAAAGAUCACCAAUGAACCUCCGUCGGGAUUGAGACAAAAUCUUCUCCAAUCCUAUCUGAGUGAUCCACUCUCCGAUCUAAACUUUUUCUACGGGUGUCCCAAUAAUGAAGCGACAUUUGAGAAGCUCCUCUACGGACUCUGCUUCUUUCACGCGUUAGUUCAAGAGCGACGUCACUUCGGUCCAAUUGGUUGGAAUAUUCCCUACGGCUUCAAUGAAUCUGAUCUGCACAUCUCUGUGCGGCAACUACAAAUAUUCAUUAAUGAGUAUGAGCAGGUACCCUUCGAGGCGAUCAACUACCUGACAGGUGAAUGCAACUACGGAGGUCGGGUGACUGAUGAAAGGGAUCGACGAUGUCUCUUAACCAUUCUCCUCGACUUCUACUGUCCUGCACUGAUUACGGAGACCAAGUACAAACUGCCCACCAAUCCGAACUACUUCAUCCCACCGAAAAUGGAGUACCAUGAGUACAUAGAGUUUAUCAAAAAUCUGCCAUCAGUGCAGACCCCUGAGGUGUUUGGAUUGCACGAGAACGUGGAUAUAGUGCGUCAGCACUCAGAGACGAAGGCGCUGCUUGCAGCAACCCUCCUGACGGUCACCAGUAUCGGUGUCGGCGGUGGUGGAGGGCAGACCGCCGCGGGUAGCAGUGACAGCCAACUCAAUGACAUCGCUACGGACAUCAUCGGCAAAUUGCCGCCUCCUUUUGACAUCGAUGCUGCGUCAAAGCGAUAUCCUUUGGUAUAUCAGGAGAGCAUGAAUACAGUUUUGGUGCAAGAGAUGGAGCGAUAUAAUAACCUUACACAAACAAUUCGUCAAAGUCUGCUGAAUUUGCAGAAGGCCCUUAGUGGUCUAGAGGUGAUGUCGGCGGAGUUGGAGCAGUUAGUGGCUUCCCUUAUGAUUGGUCGAAUUCCCAAUGCGUGGGCAUCCCGAUCCUAUCCCAGUCUCAAGCCCCUUGGCAGCUACAUCAUUGACCUCUGCGAACGCCUCGCAUUUUUUCAGCGUUGGUAUGAAAACUCCAAACCGUCGACGUUUUGGAUAUCCGGAUUCUUCUUCACCCAGGCCUUCCUGACAGGUGUGCUGCAGAACUGCGCACGCCAAUACACCAUCCCAAUUGAUCUCCUUGUUUUCGACUUUGAUGUCCAACCCGUGUUGAAUGUUGAGACUCCACCCAAGGAGGGCACUUACAUCAAUGGUCUCUUUGCGGAUGGAUUUCGGUGGGACUACGACAGGUACACCCUUAAAUCGAGUUUUGUACUGCCGGAUCUGGCACUGCCAUAUUUUGUCCCCCGAAAGCAGUCUCGAUGCGGCUGUUGUGGCGCUGUUGGUCACAAAGGCAAGUUCUGUAAGUUUCGCCUCUCCGACUUAAAGUCCAGUUCCAACAAGCCAAAGAAAGCUAGCCACACAGCCGUUCGGCUUUCCGAUCCAACGCGCCUGACCUUCAGAGAUUUCGGCCCCGACGGAUGUUCUCUCACUCAGUUCGGCCUUUUGCCGUUUCUCUACAAUGUCCAAGCUCUAAUAGACAGCUUACUUCGAAGGCCUUUUCCGUCGAAUCAGAUAAGGCAAUACGAGGCCGCCGUUUUUUCACCUGGAGGCAGUAUUGAGCUUGGAACGCCUGCUGACUCACUACAGUCUGGGGUUGCCAACCACCGUGGCUGCAGACGCGUUUGCCUACAGUGUCAGAGCCGUUACUACGAGUGUUCCCCGACGAAACCGGAAGGAUUGUUGAUGAAAGUGGGUGACCAGUUGCCCAAGGUGCUCAACGAGGUUUUCCCGGCGAUCCACCUUCUACCCGUGCCAAAGAAUAAGAGCAAGAUGUCGGCUAUGGAGGAUAGCAGCUGCUGCUUCUACAUGUGUCCAGUGUACAAGACAAGCGAGCGUCGUGGUGUCCUCUCCACCACCGGCCACUCCACCAACUUCGUCUUGCCCAUUUACCUACCCAGCGAGGAGCAUGAGAGCUUCUGGAUCAAACGCGGGGCCGCAUUACUCUGCCAACUGGACAACUAA